AUGUCUGGUGAUGGAGGAAGCACGGGAGCUGGUUCUCAAGUUGCUCUUGUAACGGGGGGAUACGACCAUACUAUAAAAUUAUGGCAAGCACACAGUGGUGUAUGCUUACGAACAAUGCAGCAUCCUGACUCGCAAGUCAAUGACUUAGAAAUAAAUCCAAAUGGCCAAAUGGUAGCGGCAUGUGGUUAUCAGCAUAUAAGAAUGUACGACUUGGCCAGUGCUAAUCCCGACCCAGUCUUGAACUAUGAGGGUAUUGUGAAAAAUGUGUCCAGAGUUGGCUUUCAGGAAAAUGGACAAUGGAUGUACACGGGCGGAGAAGACUGUACUGCAAGGAUAUGGGACAUAAGAGUGGGUCAUGCUUUCCAAUGCCAGCGCAUAUUUCAAGUACCUGCUCCAGUUAAUGCAGUAGUUCUUCACCCCGAUCAGUCACAGAUCAUGGUCGGAGGACAGAGUGGCAUUAUUCAUAUUUGGGACUUGAAGACUGAUCACAAUGAACAACUGAUUCCAGAAGCAGAAGCCAGCAUCCAAGAUAUAGCUAUUGAUCCUGAGGGUAAGCUAAUGGCAGCUGUCAACAACAAGGGCAACUGCUAUGUGUGGUCACUGGGUGGCUCACCACCACGGCCCGUGCCACGAAAACAUCUGCAGGCCCAUAAGAAAUAUGGGCUUAGGUGUAAAUUCAGUUAUGACUCCACCAUGCUGGUGACGACGGCGGGCGACAACACGGCGCGCGUGUGGCGCACCAGCGACUGGUCGCUGCUGCAGGAGCUGCGCCACGACGCGCAGCGCUGGGUGUGGGACGCCGCCUUCACGCUCGACUCGCGGUACCUCUUCACCGGUUCUUCGGAUAGCUAUGGCCGCCUAUGGGACUUGGAGAAAGGCACGCUGGAGCGCGAGUACUGCGGACACCAAAAACCGAUUACUGCUCUCGCUUUCAGAGACCAAGCCGUAUAGAAAUAGUAAUUACUAAACUAUAUUUACCUAUUAAGCUAUAAAUAUAAUGUUGACAGGAUCAAUGACUGAAGAAUGACAUAAUUUUUUUUAUUAUAAGUUGUUUCCGUUGUAAAUACCAUAGACUUGUGUUUGGCGCAUUUACUGUGUAAAUAUCUAGAUACAUAAUUAUGUAAAUAUUCUUUUUAUAUUAAUAAAUAUUGUAACUUUAAA